CCGAGAGCUUGGGAAUUCAAGCAGUAAGCGGCCACAGCCAUGGCUGAGCGCCGCGCCUUCGCCCAGAAAAUAAGCAGGACCGUUGCUGCAGAGGUCAGAAAGCAGAUUGCUGGCCAGUAUGGGGGAUCCCCACAGCUCCUCAAAAACCUCAACGUGGGUGCCAACACCACCAGUAACACUGUCCCACUCACAGAAGCUGUGGAGCCGGUGGACUUUGAAGAGUAUCUCAUCACGCACCCGCCUAUAAUCGAAUCAGGGCCGCUGCGGGACCUGAUCGAGUUUCCCCCCGAUGACAUCGAGGUGCUGUACACGCCCCGAGAGUGCCGUACGCUGGGGCAGGCCGUGCCGGAGGAGGGUGACAAUGACCCUCACGUCCGUGACUGUAUCAGGUCCUACACUGAAGACUGGGCCAUCGUCAAUCGAAAAUAUCAUAAGCUGGGCACAGGGUUCAACCCCAACACCCUGGACAAGCAGAAGGAGAGGCAGAAAGGCCUGCCCAAACAGGUGUUUGAAUCAGAUGAAAUGCCAGACAGUAGCAGCUACCAGGACGAUCAGGACGACCUGAAGCGGAGGUCCAUGUCCAUUGACGACACGCCGCGGGGCAGCUGGGCCUGCAGCAUCUUUGACCUGAAGAACUCCCUCCCCGACGCCCUCCUGCCCCACCUGCUGGACCGGGCGCCCAACGAGGAGAUCGACCGGCACAACGAGGAGCAGAGGAAGGGCCACCGGCACCGCGAGCUCUUCGCCUUGCACCCUGCGCUGGAUGAGGAGGAGCCCAUUGAACGUCACUGUGUGCCUGAUGUCCCCAAAGAACACUUCGGCCAGAGGCUACUCGUCAAGUGCUUGUCCUUGAAGUUUGAAAUCGAAAUCGAGCCAAUAUUCGCAAGUUUGGCCUUAUACGAUGUCAAGGAAAAGAAAAAGAUUUCCGAGAAUUUUUUCUUCGACUUGAACUCGGAGCAGACGAAGUCCAUGCUGCGGCCUCACAUCCAGUCAGCUGCCAUCUCCACUCUUGCCCGCUCCGCCAUCUUUUCCAUCACCUACCCCUCACAGGACGUCUUCCUGGUCAUCCAGCUGGAGAAGGUACUGCAGCAGGGAGACAUUGGGGAAUGUGCCGAACCCUACAUGGUCUUCAAAGAGUCUGAUGCGGCAAAAAACAAGGAGAAGCUGGAGAAGCUGCGGGGCCAGGCUGAGCAGUUCUGCCAGCGCCUGGGCCGGUACCGCAUGCCGUUCGCCUGGACCGCCAUCCACCUGAUGAACAUCGUGAACAGCGCUGGCAGCCUGGAGCGGGACACAGAGCCCGAGAUGGCGCUGCCAGAGCGGAAGGGCUCGUGGUCCGAGCGGAGAAACUCAAGCAUUGUGGGCCGGCGCUCCUUGGAGAGGACCACCAGCGGGGACGAGUCCUGCAACCUGACCAGCUUCCGCCCCGCCACCCUCACUGUCACCAACUUCUUCAAGCAGGAGGGAGACCGUCUGAGUGAUGAGGAUCUCUACAAGUUCCUGGCUGACAUGAGGAGGCCCUCGUCUGUGUUGCGUAGACUGAGACCCAUCACAGCCCAGUUGAAGAUCGACAUCUCCCCAGCCCCCGAGAACCCCCAUUACUGCCUAACCCCCGAGUUACUGCAAGUCAAGCCUUACCCAGACAGCAGGGUCCGGCCGACGAGGGAGAUUCUGGAGUUCCCGGCCAGAGAUAUCUACGUACCCAACACUACAUACAGAAAUCUGCUGUAUGUCAACCCACAAAGCCUGAAUUUUGCCAACCGCCAGGGCUCAGCCCGCAACAUCACAGUGAAAGUACAGUUCAUGAAUGGGGAGGAUCCCAGCAAUGCCAUGCCGGUGAUCUUUGGCAAAUCCAGCUGCGCUGAGUAUGCCAAAGAGGCGUACACUGCGGUGGUGUAUCACAAUCGAUCACCUGACUUCCAUGACGAGGUCAAGAUCAAGCUCCCGGCGUCCUUGACGGAUCACCACCACAUCCUGUUCACCUUCUACCAUGUCAGCUGCCAGCAGAAACAGAACACCCCCCUGGAGACGCCCGUCGGGUACACGUGGAUCCCCAUGCUCCAAAACGGUCGUCUGCGAACGGGACACUUCUGCUUGCCGGUGUCUCUGGAGAAGCCCCCCCAGUCCUACUCUGUCCUCUCCCCCGAUGUUCCUCUUCCUGGAAUGAAGUGGGUGGAUAACCACAGAGGUGUUUUCAAUGUGGAAGUGGUGGCUGUUUCAACUAUCCACACACAGGAUCAGUACCUGGACAAGUUCUUUGCCCUAGUCCAUGCCCUGGACGAGCACAUGUUCCCCGUCCGCAUCGGCGACAUGCGCAUCAUGGAGAACAACCUGGAGGCGGAGCUGAAGUCCAGCAUCGCCGCCCUUAACUCCUCCCAGCUGGAGCCCAUCGUGCGCUUCCUGCACCUGCUGCUGGACAAGCUGGUGCUGCUGGUGGUGCGGCCGCCCGUCAUCGCCGGGCAGAUAGUGAAUCUGGGCCAGGCCUCUUUCGAAGUGAUGGCCUCCAUUGUGAACCGCCUUCACAAGUACCUGGACAGCAGUCAAGACCAACAUGGACGCAACUGCCUGCUCUCUUCCUACAUCUACUACGUCUUCCGUCUGCCGAACAUGGACCCCAACUCCCCCUCGCCAGGCCCGGGGGGGCUGGGCGGUUCGGUCCACUACGCCACGAUGGCGCGGUCGGCGGUGAGGCCCGCCAGUCUCAACCUCAACCGAUCCCGCAGCCUCAGCAACAGCAACCCGGACAUUUCGGGAACGCCGACGUCUCCCGACGACGAGGUCAGGUCUAUCAUCGGAAGCAAGGGCUUAGACCGCUCCAACUCCUGGGUAAACACGAUGGGGUGCAAGAGCGCCCCCUGGGGAUCCAGCCCCGGCUCCGCCUCUGACUCCCUGCAGGCCAUGGAGCGCAGUGGCAAUCGCAUGUCAUCGCACACUGAGACCGCCAGUUUCUUGCAAACAUUAACAGGACGAUUGCCAACCAAAAAGCUGUUCCAUGAGGAGCUGGCCUUGCAGUGGGUUGUCAGCAGUGGAAGUGUGAGGGAGGGAGCACUGCAGCAGGCCUGGUUCUUCUUCGAGCUCAUGGUGAAGAGCAUCAUUCACCACCUCUACUUCACCGACCGCCUGGAGUCUCCCAGGAAGAACCGCUUCCCCGAACGCUUCAUGGACGACAUCACUGCCCUGGUCAGCACCAUUGCGGGGGACAUUGUCUCCAGGUUCCAGAAGGACCUGGAGCUGGUGGAGAGACUGAACACCAGCCUGGCCUUCUUCCUGAACGACCUGCUGUCUGUUAUGGACAGGGGCUUCGUCUUCAGUCUGAUAAAGACAUAUUGGAAACAGGUUUCCACCAAGAUUUACGCACUGCAGAACCCCACCCUGGAGUCCCUGAGGCUGGACUUCCUGCGGAUUGUGUGCAGCCACGAGCAUUACGUCACCCUGAACCUGCCCUGCAGCCUCCUCACGCCGCCCGCCUCACCUUCCCCUUCCGUGUCCUCCGCCACCUCGCAGAGUUCUGGGUUCUCAACUCACGUCCAGGACCAGAAGAUUGCCAACAUGUUUGAGCUUUCUGUGCCCUUCCGGGAGCAGCACUACCUGGCUGGUCUGGUGUUGACAGAGCUGGCUGUCAUUCUGGACCCGGAGGCAGAGGGGAUGUUCGGACUUCACAAGAAGGUCAUCAGUGUGGUGCACAACCUUCUGUCCAGUCAUGACUCAGACCCCCGCUACGCUGACCCAGAGGUCAAGGCUCGGGUCGCUAUGCUUUACCUGCCUCUCAUUGGCAUCGUCAUGGAAACCCUGCCUCAGCUGCAUGACUUCACAGAAUCACACAACCAGUGGGGUCGGCCUGGCGGUGCAGGAGGGGAAGAUCACGAAACUGAAGGGAGCAGCAUGAUCAGCCAGACAGUAGCCAUGGCCAUCGCAGGGACUUCUGUCCCCCAGAUGUCCAGACCCAGCAGCUUUCUGCUCAACCCACAGUCCUCCCGGCAGCAUGGCUCCUUCUCGGCCGAGUCCAGCCGCAGCCUGCUCAUCUGCCUCCUCUGGGUCCUGAAGAACGCGGACGAGAUGGUGCUGCAGAAGUGGUUCACAGACCUGUCCGUCUCGCAGCUCAACCGGCUGCUGGACAUGCUCUACCUUUGCGUUUCCUGUUUCGAGUACAAGGGGAAGAAGGCCUUCGAGAGGAUGAACAGCCUUACCUUCAAGAAGUCCAAAGACAUGAAGGCCAAGCUGGAGGAGGCCAUCCUGGGCAGCAUCGGGGCGCGGCAGGAGAUGGUGCGCCGCAGCCGAGGGCAGCUUGAGAGGAGCCCGUCCGGAAGUGCCUUCGGCAGCCAGGAGAACCUGCGCUGGAGGAAGGACAUGACGCACUGGCGGCAGAACAGCGAAAAGAUGGACAAGAGCCAGAAAACAGUCAGGUUUAAAGACAGCCUACUGCGCAAUGGGAGAAGCCAGGACCCUUUAUUAGUUAGAACCAGAGCGGAGCUGGAGCACGAAGCACUUAUUGAUGGCAAUCUUGCAACAGAGGCAAAUUUAAUCAUUUUGGACACCCUGGAAAUUAUCGUGCAGACGGUGUCGGUGACCGAAUCAAAGGAGAGCAUCCUGGGUGGGGUGUUGAAGGUACUCUUGCACAGCAUGGCCUGCAACCAGAGCGCCCUCUACCUGCAGCAUUGCUUUGCCACGCAAAGGGCUCUUGUCUCCAAGUUCCCAGAGCUGCUGUUCGAGGAGGAGACAGAGCAGUGUGCUGACCUCUGCCUGCGUCUCCUGAGGAACUGCAGCAGCAGCAUCGGCACCAUCCGCUCCCACGCCAGCGCCUCCCUCUACCUGCUCAUGAGGCAGAACUUCGAGAUCGGCAAUAACUUUGCUCGGGUGAAGAUGCAGGUGACCAUGUCCCUGUCGUCACUGGUGGGGACCUCCCAGAACUUCAACGAAGAGUUCCUCCGACGAUCCUUAAAGACCAUCCUCACGUACGCGGAGGAAGACCUGGAGCUGAGGGAAACUACAUUUCCAGAUCAGGUCCAGGAUCUGGUGUUCAACCUUCACAUGAUCUUGUCUGACACAGUGAAAAUGAAGGAGCAUCAGGAGGACCCAGAGAUGCUUAUUGAUCUCAUGUACAGAAUUGCCAAAGGGUACCAGACGUCCCCAGACCUGCGUCUGACGUGGCUGCAGAACAUGGCAGGGAAGCAUUCAGAGAGGAACAACCACGCGGAAGCAGCACAGUGCCUGGUCCACAGCGCCGCCCUGGUGGCCGAAUACCUCAGCAUGCUGGAGGACCGCAAGUACCUACCAGUCGGUUGCGUCACCUUCCAGAACAUAUCAUCAAACGUGUUAGAGGAAUCGGCGGUGUCCGAUGACGUGGUGUCCCCGGAUGAGGAGGGGAUCUGCUCUGGGAAGUACUUCACGGAGGCUGGGCUGGUGGGCCUGCUGGAGCAGGCUGCGGCCUCUUUCUCCAUGGCCGGGAUGUACGAGGCGGUGAACGAGGUGUACAAGGUCCUCAUCCCCAUCCACGAGGCCAACCGCGACGCCAAGAAGCUGGCCACCAUACAUGGUAAACUGCAGGAAGCCUUUGGCAAAAUCGUCCACCAGAGCACUGGCUGGGAGAGAAUGUUUGGAACCUAUUUCCGAGUCGGAUUUUAUGGAUCAAAAUUCGGAGACCUGGAUGAGCAGGAAUUUGUGUAUAAAGAGCCAGCCAUCACCAAGCUAGCAGAAAUAUCCCACAGACUUGAGGGGUUUUAUGGGGAAAGGUUUGGAGAAGAUCAAGUUGAAGUGAUCAAAGACUCCAACCCAGUGGACAAGUGCAAACUGGAUCCAAACAAGGCGUUCAUUCAGAUCACGUAUGUGGAGCCCUACUUCGACACCUACGAGAUGAAGGACCGAAUCACGUACUUCGACAAGAACUACAACCUGCGGCGCUUCGUGUACUGCACACCCUUCACGCUGGACGGGAGGGCGCACGGGGACCUCCACGAGCAGUUCAAGCGCAAGACCAUCCUCACCACCUCGCACGCCUUCCCCUACAUCAAGACCCGCAUCAACAUCAUCCACAAAGAGGAGAUCAUCUCCAUGCCCAUCGAGGUGGCAAUUGAGGACAUGCAGAAGAAGACCCAGGAGCUGGCCUUUGCCACGCACCAGGACCCAGCUGAUGCCAAGAUGCUCCAGAUGGUGUUGCAGGGCUCUGUGGGUACCACUGUCAACCAGGGUCCUCUGGAAGUUGCUCAGGUCUUUCUGUCUGAAAUCCCGAGUGACCCCAAGCUCUACAGACACCACAAUAAAUUAAGGCUGUGCUUCAAAGACUUCACAAAGAGGUGUGAGGAUGCUCUUCGCAAAAACAAGAGCCUGAUUGGUCCAGACCAGAAGGAGUAUCAGCGGGAGCUGGAGAGGAAUUACCACAGACUGAAGGAGGCCUUGCAACCCCUCAUCAACAGGAAGAUCCCCCAGCUCUACAAGCCCGUGCUGCAGGUCAACUCUCACAGCAAAAGGACAGCUUGACAAGAGAUUCCUUCAGUAGAAUGAGUCUUCGCAAGUUGGAUAUUUGAAGGAUGAAGAAACAACUUUCUACUAAUUUAUUCAUAUGUAAAUAUCUGUCUUCACAAACCAGUGUUCCUGUCAGUAAGUGAAAAGCUGAAGUGUUAAAAAGUUCGGUACGUCAUUCCAAUCUUGUUCGUUUACAAAUAACCUGUUACACAAUCAGUGGAUUUUAAAGUGGGUCUUAUUGCGAUGUGUCAAAUAUGGGUUCAAUUUCUUGUGUGCACUUUUUUUUUUUUUUUUUUACUGUGUCCCAAUGCAUUUUACUAGACAAUGUACAACUUGAAAGUUUACUAUUUAAUCCAAAAAGAAAA